AUGCGUUUGGCCAGCGUCUCCGUCGCGCUCUACGGGGCCGCCUCCGUCUCGGCUUUGACCCUCCCAUGGCCGCGCGCUGGCAAGUUGGUUGAUCUGAGCAUCUUUGGGGGCCGAUUCGAGACCUUGAAGCCGGAGGAGGCCAAGACGCACAAAUCUGGUGCUCCUAACACCAUUAGUCCCCCCGAGAACAAGAACAAGGCCACUGCUGCCGGCGCCGAUGGCGCGGCCGCCGGCGGAUGCGAGAACCCGUCCCUCCGCCCGGAGUGGCGCCAGAUGGACGACGCGGGACGGCAGGGCUACAUCGACGCCGUCAAGUGCCUCAUGGGCCGCCCGUCUGCCGGCGGUGACUUCCCCGGGUCGCAGAACCGAUACGAGGACCUCGUCUCGCUCCACCAGCAGCUGACUGGCUCCAUCCACAUGGUCGGCCAAUUCCUGCCGUUCCACCGUUACUACGUCCACGUCUUCGAGUCUCUGCUGCGCGACGAGUGCGGCUAUGGUGGGCCCAUGCCGUGGUGGGAUGAGACGCUGGACGCCGGCAACUUUGGUAACUCGCCCGUCCUCUCUGCGCAAUGGUUCGGUACUGCUCCUCCCCUCGUCAACGGACAGGGCGCCUGCGUCAGCGAUGGUGCCUUUGCUGGUCUCACUCUGCACAUUGGUCCUGGCGGUGGCCAGUCCGACCACUGCCUCGCCCGUGCUCUGGACGAGUCGCAGACUGCUCAGUGCAACCGCGAGUUUGUCGAUAGCUGCAACUCGCAUGACAACUAUGCCGACAUGGAGAGCUGCGCCGAGAUGGGUCCCCACGCCUACGGCCACAACGGCAUUGGCGCCGUGAUGCAGGACGUGUCUCCCUCCCCCGGUGACCCCGUCUUCUUCCUCCACCACGGCUUCGUCGACCGCAACUGGCGCGCGUGGCAGAACGCCGACCCUGCCAACCGCCUGUACCAGAUCGGCGGCUACAGCAACACCCAAGACCCCAAGCAGCCCCUCACUCUCGACUAUGUUCUCACGUCCAAGGGCAUUCGGCCUGAUGUCAGAGUCAACGAGGUUAUGGAUACGAAGGGCGCCUAUCUUUGCUACGACUACUUGUAA